AUAUCAAAGAAGUAAAUAGCAUAUUCCAAAAUUGAAACUUUUCAUCGUUUACAAAAAAAGUUCUUCAACAUAAUAUAAUCGUCUAACAAACUAAAGUCUAACACUUUUGGAAUAUUCUUCUUCUUAUUGUGAAAUUCAAUUCUAUUUUAUUAAAACGUAAUAUGACUUCGGAUAUUUUUUAAACUAAAAUAACUAAAAACUGAUCUAGAAGUAAUUUCACGUAAGAGAAAUGAUCAAAAAUCAUAUUGCGUUUUUGAAAUAAAUUUGAAUUUCAUAAUAAUAAGAAGAAAAAGAUUCCAAAAGUUUCAGGCUCUGUAACAGACUGUGAGUUAAAAUCUGUGACAAUAUCAAAAAGACAAAGUCAGUCAGUUCAUCAUAGACUGCGUCGCAGCAUUUCAAUCAAGACAAUUUACAUAUUGAAAGACCAACUCAUAGAAGAAUGGAAAAUCAUACGAUGCAAUUAUUGGAUUUUUCUAAUGAAAUUUUGCAUGGAAUUUUUGCAAAUUUCAACGACGUCGAACUAUUAAAUGGAACACAAGUGUGUACACGAUUUGAAAUGAUCGCAAGAGACGCAUUCGCAAAGCGAUAUAACUGGCAUUCCGAAGAAACCUUCUACGAAAUUAAAUUGUAUUCCGAUGACAGCAACAACGACCAACGACUCUAUCGUGCAUUUCUGGAAGUAUUCGGCAAUCAAAUGGCAUCGUUAGAACUCAUUGCAGAAGAACGAUCGAAUCAGCAUGAUAUCUUGCGAUGGAUAAGUCGAUAUUGCCGUUCAACAAAGUGGCUAAGAAUUGUUAAUAAGGGACAUGCAUUUAAUGUCACACAAAUGAUUCAAUCAAUGAACAACUUGAUUUUCCUUCAACUUAAAAAUUUGAACUGCACGAAUUUUGAUUGGGCUGAUAUACAUUUUCCACAUCUCCAAAGUUUUGCUGUUGAAAAAUGUCCCUGCAUAAAAGUUCAGGUGCUAAUGCGGUUUCUACAGAACAACCCACAAGUGGAAGAUUUAUACAUUGAUCAUUGUCGAAAGUUUCCACUGAAAAUGAUUCAAGCGCUGCAAAACAAACUGAAGCAUUUGAAAACCCUAGAAUAUUGGUCAUCGAGCAAUGAGUUUUCCAACCAAUGUGAAACCAUCAAUUUUGAACAAUUGGAUAGUUUGAAAAUAACGGUAGACAAAUCAUCAUUUCGAAAUGUUUUGUCAGCAAUUGCAAGGGGAAGCAAAAUGAUACGUUCGCUAUCUGUGAUGUGGUGUGAUGAUAUCUCCGAUAGUGAAAAUCAUCAACUUGUCGAAAUCAUUGCAUUAUUUGAAAAAUUAACAUUUUUGCGCUUGAACAAUUUCAUUUUGCCACUUAUCCUGGUUGAAACUCUAGUUUAUCGUUUACCAAAACUAGAAACAUUGCAUUUGGAUUAUGCGAAACUAGAUCAGCUAUCAUCUGAUUUUUUACUCUCCCUGUUUAGAAAAAGCAAAUACUUGAACGAUGUUUGGCUUAGUAACUACGAUCAAAAUGUCAAAAUGCAGCAAUUCAACGCGAAUUUUCAUCACAAAUUGGUCGACAUCAUUCGAAAUCGUGGCGGUAAAGUAAAAUGUGAAGUCAUUCAAUACGACACAAAAUUGCUAAUUACCCACGAAAAUAUUACUAGAAAUGGUGAAUUGAUAUAUUCUAUUGGAUUUGAUAUGCCAGUUAACCAAACCAACGUCCAUUUGCUCGAUCUUAGUGAUGAGUGUUUAGAUAAAUUAUGCUCGUACUAUUUGGAUGAGCAUAGUGUCCGUGCAUUAUACGAGACCUGCACUCGAAUGAAAAAAGCGGUUCAACAACGUGUUAAGGAUCAAGUUUUCAUCAUUUCUAACGCAACCGACGCUGAGGACGUAUUCAAUCGAUUUGGAGAACACAUUGUGAAAUUAUCAAUCGAUAUGAACACAAACGAUCGCGAUCCAAUGGCUGACGUCUGGACUUGGACAGAAAAAUUCAGCAAGAAUUUAAUUGAGUUGUCCCUAAACAAUCUCAGAAUUGAUGCAAUGGAACUAUUGACACCGACCUUUCCAAACAUGACAAAGUUAAAAAUCACGUCAAUAGUCUCUAGUGACAUUCAUAUUCUACCACCGAUGGAUUGUCCAAAAUUGACUCAUCUCGAGUUUAAUGAAGGUGAAAUUACGUUGGCAGCCAAUGCAUUGCAGUUUGGAAUCACUCUCGAUCAUUUGACAACCAUUCGAUUGAAUUAUUUUAGUGUUUCCAUCAGAAAUAUCCUCUAUGUUUUCGAUGAUGUAGUUUGUGACCAAAUCCAAGAGUUUACCGUUGAUCUACAGCAAAGAACACAAUUAGCGCGCCGAAGUCUAGUAAGCAUCGCCUCCCGUUUUAGAAAUCUCACAACGCUUAACUUAAUUAUUGACAUUGAACGAGUGAAUACGAAGUAUUUAUUCGAGACAUGCACGAAAUUAACGAAGCUAUCGUUAGGGUAUUGUUAUCAAUUUGACAACAGCGAUUGGUGUCAGAUGCUGCAACAUAUUCAAAAGAAUUGCAAACGAUUGGAAUUGUUUCAAUUGUGUAAUUAUGCCUUUUAUAGUGGAUUAAAUCACGAUCAUCUGGUGAAGAUCGCCGGUACGCUUCCCAAGGUUAAAUUUUACAUCAUUUCUUAUGAUAGCAACGGAAAUAUUUCCAAUAUAGAAAUGUUCAAUAAAGUAAAAAAUUUAGAACACAUGAAACCAUAUUGAGAGGUGAAGAGAAAAUUCUUUUUGCAAAAUAUCAACAAAUAUCCUAAAUCGAGUCAAAAUUGUUAAAAUUAUUUAAGCUCUACAGUUCUUAGAUAUAUUUUCACAUAAAUAAAUGUUUUUAUAUCAU